AUGCCGUCGAAUGGGCCAUUAUAUUUACUGUUUCUAUCUGUUCUGCUGCAGGAUUCAAUGGGCACUCGUCUCCUGAAGUUCACCAAUGUCAAGUGCAUGGAUUUGCCCACAUCUCGCGGUCUCACCAAAUAUGAAUACUGUCAUUUGAAGGUGGUUCGCAGGAAUCAGGUGGAACUUUCGCUGAAGGUCAGCCUGUUUCAGUUACCCAUUCGCAAUCUGACCACCAGAUUGCAGUGCUUUCAACGGCGGGAUGGCUAUCGACCCUUUAUGUACUACAUACUCUUUGAUUUCUGCAAACUAAUGGCCAGCAGGAAUUACGAUUUGUCCUUCGAACGAUUCAUCUUUGAUGCUAUUCGCAAGCAGAGUAACUUUAAUCAAACGUGUCCUUGGAAGGAGAAUCACAUGACGGUGGAGAAGUUCGCCCUGGAUUUCACAAAGAUCAGCAUGCCGGUGCCCGCGGGAACCUACCGCUUGGGUUUCACCUUUUACGCGUACGGCAUCGCUCGUACAUUGACACAGGUGUUUUUCGAGAAAAUCGAGUGA